AAACUACACAGGGAAGGAGAGGAGAGGAGAGGGAGAGCAGCCCAAACCCCAUGUGAAUGUGAUGUGCAGUUCAGGCGGCAACCAAUGAACCCAUCACCAGACCUGCUCUGCUCCUACUAGAUUCCUUUCGAUUCCAAUUAAUCCCAUCUCAUCUAUCAAAACAUCCAAAUCGUGUUGUACAACGACGAUGACAACAAUGUCGCUUAUCGAUUAUGUUCGAGAGACCAAUCUUGUGUUUUCAGGGGUCCCUCCACUUUCCUAUGGCUUCUGAGGCAUGCGUUUGUCUGGGUGGGAAAUCCACCUCCAACGAACAAAGGAACAGUGAGGAGAUGCUGCAAUUGCACGCCUUGAGGCCGUGGAUUUCAUCCCCAGGUUCAGAAUCGAGUUGGAUUUAUUAUAAGAGAAAGUCAAGGCUACUUCCCCAUGGAUGGAUCCCUGUUUCGAUCAUUCUUGUAGAUAAUUUGUUAAUAAACAAUACAGAAAAAUGGAACGCAAGUACGAGAAUCUCAUGGAAGUUGGACCGUCGAAUGAGAGUUAAUAGUUUGAGCAAGCUGAAUUGUAACCCGACGGAGAUUGAUUCAUGCAAUGGUUUUAAGGCUGCACAGGUUUGUGGAGCUAAAUUCAUGAUGGCAUCCCUUUCGUCAUGUUUUAGAUCAAUACUUCCAAAUAGUGAAGAUACAGUGAUGAAAGCACUCCAUGAAGCAGUCACCUAUGCAAUUCGAACAAUUACAGCUUCAAAUUCACCCUUUGGUUGUAUGUCUAAUUCCCUUAGUAAGCCGGCGCCACUCCAUUUGGAUGUUUCUCUUCCUUCAUUGCAAGACAUCAAAUGGAAUUUUGCUCGACUAGCUUAUUUGUUCAACACGCAACUCGAGAGAAAUGUUGCCAUGAUAUUUAUCGUGCUCCUCGCUGCAUGCUUCUCAUUUGUCAUUAUUGGAGGCUUCCUCUUCUUUAAGUUCAGGGGUAGCACCCACUCUCUCGAGGAUUGCUUUUGGGAGGCUUGGGCUUGCCUGUGUUCAUCAUCUACUCAUCUCAAACAACGGACUCGAAUUGAACGUGUGAUUGGCUUUGUUCUUGCAAUAUGGGGCAUACUAUUCUAUUCCCGGCUGUUGAGCACGAUGACUGAACAAUUGAGGAACAAUAUGCACAGGAUCAGAGAAGGGGCACAAAUGCAAGUUUUAGAGGCAGAUCAUAUAAUUAUUUGUGGGGUUAAUAGUCGUCUCAGCUUUAUAUUGAAGCAGCUGAACAAGUAUCACGAAUUUGCCAUUCGCUUGGGCUCUGCUACUGCUAGAAAACAACGUAUUCUUCUUUUGUCUGACCUUCCAAGGAAGCAGAUGGACAGAGUAGCGGACAACAUGGCCAAAGAUCUCUAUCAUAUUGAUAUUUUAACAAAAAGUUGUAGUCUAAGUUUAACAAAAUCCUUCGAGAGAGCCGCAGCCAAUAAAGCACGCGCUAUAAUCAUAUUACCAACCAAGGAAGAUAGGUAUGAAGUCGACUCCGAUGCAUUUCUAUCUGUACUUGCUCUUCAACCCCUUGCUCUGAUGGGCUCUGUGCCUACUGUAGUCGAGGUUUCUAGUCCAAAUACAAGCGAGCUUUUGAAGUCCAUCUCCGGCUUGAAAGUGGAACCUGUGGAGAAUGUUACGUCUAAGUUAUUUGUUCAGUGCUCCCGGCAGAAAGGACUUAUAAAGAUAUACAAACACUUGCUCAAUUAUCGAAAAAAUGUAUUCAAUCUAUGCAAUUUUCCUCAUUUAGAAGGACUGACUUACAGGCAAUUGAGACGCGGGUUUCAAGAGGCCGUUGUAUGUGGUCUUUAUCGAGGUGGACAGAUUUAUUUUCACCCAAAAGACAAUGAAGUUCUGAAAGAAACUGACAAGGUGUUAUUCAUUUCGCCUGUGCAUGGGAAGAAGAAACCGCAGCUCUCAUAUCCACAAGACGCCAAAGAAUGUAUUAGCAUAAUCAGUAACUCGGAAACUGCUACGAAAAACAGCGAAUCUCCCCUGAAUAGAGCUCGCGAUGUUACAAAAAGGCUGGAAAGUAUUGUCAGAAGACCACAAAGAUCGCGCUCAAAGGCAUCCGAUUGGAACCUUGGACCGAAAGAGUAUGUACUAGUGGUGGGAUGGCGCCCCGAUGUCGUACAAAUGAUUGAAGAAUACGACAACUAUCUUGGACCUGGCAGUGUGUUGGAAAUAUUGUCGGAGGUUUCGUUGGAUGAAAGACGAAAAGCAUGCGAGCGUGCUGGUCAAGGAAAGCUGAAAAACAUAUCCGUGUCGCAUAGGGUCGGAAAUUCUAUGGACUAUGAAACAUUGAAGGAAACCAUUAUUAACAUUCAACGGUCCUUCAAGAAAGGCAAAGAUUUCCCAUUUUCAGUUGCUGUAGUUUCUGCUAAAGAGUGGCAAGUUGGAGAUCCAUCGAGAGCGGAUAAAAACUCCGCGUAUUCACUCCUCCUUGUUGAAAAUAUUUGCGGUAAACUUGGAAUAAAGGUGCAAAACCUUGUUGCCGAAAUUGUGGAUUCAAAAUUGGGGAAACAGAUCACACGGUUCAGACCAUCUCUCACGUACAUUGCAGCCGAGGAAGUAAUGAGCCUCGUGACUGCUCAAGUGGCUGAAAACAGCGAACUAAACGAAGUCUGGAAAGACAUCCUAAACGCCGAGGGAGAUGAAAUAUACGUAAAGGACAUUGGCCUGUACAUGAAACCGGGAGAGAAUCCGUCGUUCAACGAGCUAUCAGAGCGCGCAAAUCUUCGAAGAGAAGUCGCAAUUGGGUACAUCAGAAACAACAAGAAGGUCAUAAAUCCGGUUCCAAAAUCCGAGCCCCUGAGGCUCGACUCGACGGAUUCGUUGAUCGUGAUAUCGGAGCUCGAAGGAGAACAACCAGUAGUUGUGUAAUGUUCAUUUUUCUCCAUUUCUGGAAUGGGAAGAAGCCUUCAUCUACCUCAGUGUGCCUAUCUUGUUUCAAUAUAUUUAAAUUAUAUAGUAUAUUAUAUCCAAGUAAAUACUUUUACUUUUUUGGUCGUCCAAUUAUAUACUCAAAUAAUUGGAUACGAGUUUUAAUAAAAAUGAACCAUCAUUUUUUUA